AUGCAACACCCAACCCAAACCACCCAAACGCUCCCCGACCGAGUCCUCCGUCGCCGAAACUCUCGCGGCGUUGCGAUGACCACCGAGGAGCUCACUUCGCAGCCUCCUGGAACAGAGGAGCGCCCCAUGACGCCGGAGCGCACCUAUGCCCGCGUCGUGUCCCCGGCCCCGGCCACCCUUCCUAAGCCCGUCGACGCGUCCAUGACCGUCGGCGGAGACAUCGCCAGUACCCCUAACCAGGGGGAACGGCCAGCCCGUGUAUACACGGAGAAACUCCCCCAGGGGACGGACGCCCGUACCCACCUCCAAGUGGAGGCCGCGGAGGACAAGGAUGGGCCGUGGACGGUGGCAACCGGACGAACGACCCGUACCCAUCGGGAGUCGAUUAGUAGCCGUAAAUCGAGCCCUGCUGAUAGGGUCAGCGUAGAAGUAGACCAGGCGCGUGGACAAUUAGAGGAAAUAACCUCCAUUGUGGACGAAGCUGCAGCUUUGAUGUCGCCUGAGGUGCUACGGCUCAUAGCCGACAGAUAUGCCAGCUUGGCCAGCGCUGUGGAACAAAGGACCCCAGCCCUGAGACCGGAAUCCCCGACCGACACUACUCCUGAGUCUAAGGAUGAGUCAGAAGCGAUCGGUGGAGCAGCGGAAAAAUUGGACACCGAACCGGGGCCCGAUGACAGCCCCGAGAGCGAGCCAGAGGGCUCGGAUGGACACCCCUACCACCUGGGAGAAGCUGAGUGGUCGGAGGAGACUCAGGAACCGGAAAAUCCGUUGGCCGGUCCCUCCCGAGAUAAGGGAAAGGGCCCUGACCCCGGCAACUGGGGCGGAAUAAACAUAUCCGAAAGCGAGCUGGAAUAUCAGAGAGAUGCCUGGAAAGCAUUCGAAUUAGCCCGUGAAGGGAAGCACAGACGAAGCCCGGUGGUGACUCCGGUUGAGAGAGGACACCCACUGGGUGGUAGUGCCCCCUUGCCCAGAGAUACAACUUCCGUGAAGGGCGAGGAGAUGGGAGCGGUCGCCAGAGACCAGGGCGUGUUCAUGCGCGAAUUCAAGCGAAUGAGGGAAAGGCUGGCUGAGCUGGAGGAACGAGAGAGCUUGAGGAGGGCAUCUCGACCGGCAGCGAGCCCGGUAGAAAACUUGCGUCGGGCCAGCGCCGAAAUAUCCACUCUCCUUCACCCGAAGAUCGUUAAAAAGUGGUCGCCCUCGAAGACGAAGCCCAAUGGCUUUGUAACGAGCGUGCUGCGAGGAGUAAGCCUUCAGCCAUCUGAGGAUAGCGGGUCCAGCCCUGACCCUUCCUCUGGAGACUCGGACUCGGAGGGAGAACCCACUGAUAGUUCAUCUGGUGAAUCAGGAUCAGAAUACGGGUCUUCGGAUUCGAGCUCGGAUUCGGAGAGCUCUGACUCUGAUUCUAGCGGCCCUCGCUCCAAGAAGAAGCCAUCCAAGAAGAAAAAGAAGUCGAGCAAGCAAGCCAGGGGAAAGAUGUUGGUUAAGCCUAACCCCCCUGCUCGCUACGACGGAUCUGAGAACGCCGACCUGUAUACCCAGUUCGUGGAUGAGUCGAAUAGAUACUGUGAAUUGGGGAACGUACCAAAGGCCCAUCGAGUGCCAAUAGUCGGAUCGUUUCUGGACGGCGACGCCAAAGACUUCUAUAAUCGACGAAUUCGUGGUCAGGAACACAAAUGGACGCUUAAGAAGAUGCUGCAACGGUUACUGAAGUAUUGUUUCUCGCUGGACUACCGCCAGAAGCAGCGUAAGAGGCUGAAUCGUUGUCACCAGAACGGGAAGUCAGUAAAUAAACACGUACUGGAACUCGAAAGCAUAUUACUUCAAAUCGGAUUGAAGAAAGAUCGGGAGCGUGUUGCGUUGCUUUGGAACAGCUUUGACGCGGACAUUCAAGAAGAAUUGUUCCGAUUCGGUCUUGAUCCAGAGAAGUCGAGGUGGAAGCGGGUAGUCAAGAAGGCUAUCCGAGCCGAGCGCUUCCUCAACCUGGACAAGCGACGUAAAGGGAGAGACACAACAACAGCCGGGGCAAGCACGGGCCCAGGCAAGUCUGGGUUGGACCGCGACGAAAGAAAGAGGAGAUUCUUCCCGCGGAAACAGGGAGGAGUGAGCCAUAGCCCUAGGAUUUAG